CCCACAGCACCUCCUCGCGGUGACCUUGGGGAGGGUAGACACAAAUAGUGGAAGGGGCUGACCCAAAGUGAGCAGUAGAAAGUUUGAAGAGGGGAGUCGCAGAGUGCUCUGUCCGUAGAAGAAGCUCCCAUCCUACAAAAGAGCAGCUUCUCCAGCCCUUUCGGAGGAUGCACUGGUCCAGCAAGCAACUUUUACAAUAGACGUUUACUUGCAUUACUUUGUUGAGGAGGUAACAUAUUCUUUAUUUUCUGUGCUGUUUGUUUUUGUUUCAUUGUAUGAAGGAUUUUAUUUUUUUCCCUUUUUUCUUAAUUAAGGGGGGGAGGGAUGGGGCAGAUCAGUGUUCUUAUUUCAAAGUUAUUAUAUUGUCAAAUACUGGAUUUGUCUGUUAUUUUUGUUUGUUUUGGUGCAUAGAGACAUUGUAAUCAGGAAUCAUAAUGUGUUUAAAUGAGCCAAGUCUAGUUAGCAUUCAGUGUUUGUGGUGGAUGGGCACUAUAAGAACGUAUUGCUGCCAAUGUGAGAUCAAUAUAAUAUCUUUCUCAACGUUCUGCUUCUGUUGGUUUCACUGCCAUAGUUGGAAUCUGAGUUGGUGAUCUGAGCAUUCUGUUAGGAUACGUUAUAAAGCUGCUUUUUUUUAAGGAGUUCUAAAUGAAACCAGAACCACUCCUAAAUUUGUAACGGUAAUAUAUUGAUACCCUCUGCUGCCUGUGAGACCCCCUGUACAACAGUGACAGACUGGGACCCUCUGUGUAACAGUAAGUGACUGGGACCCUUUGUGUAACAGUAACUGACUGGGACCCUCUUUGUAACAGUGACAGAGGGAGACCCUCUGUAUAACAGUGACAGAGUGAGACCCUCUGUGUAACGGUGACAGAGUGAGACCCUCUGUAUAACAGCGAUAGACUGGGACCCUCUGUGUAACAGUGACAGAGUGAGACCCUCUAUGCAACAUUCACAGAGUGAGACCCUCUGUGCAACAGUGACAGAGUGAGACAGACUGGCACCCUCUGUGUAACAGUGACAGAUUGGGACCCUCUGUGUAGCAGUGACAGAGUGAGACCUUGUGUGUAACAGUGACAGAGUUAGACCCUCUGUGUAACCGUGGAGACCCGCUGUGUAACAGUGACAGAGUGAGGCCAUCUCCUGUCUGUGUAACAGUAACAGACUGCCUCUCCUGUAACAGACUCACUGGGCCAUUCACUGAAGUAAUAAUCGUUUGGAAUUCUAUCUGCAUUAAAACUAUCUGCAUUGGAAACAUUCUCCAAAAUUAACUAUGCUUCCAGUUUGGGUAUUUUCAUCUAAAUUUUUAAAUUGAUUUUCAAUUCCUGACAGUUCUUACUGUGAGACCCUCUGCUGUCUCUGCAGGAGUGAUAUCCAAGAUAUCCAAAAGCUGUUUUAUUUUAGCAUUCAGAGUCCAUUAUAGUAUGAAAAAUAACUUGCAUUAGUGGGCCACACAUGUAAAAAUAUUUGAUUGAUGUGCCAUUGAUUGAUCCAUUUGAUGCCCAGGUAAGAAUAUAUUUGUAAUAAGGCCUUCUAGGAAUUGUACACAAUAUUUACAGAAUUCCAUCAAAUGCUUUUUGUUGUUAGGUUUUUUAAAAAUCAUUUAAAGCUGAUAAUGAGGACAAUUACCCUGCACAAUAUUUACUUAAAGGGAAACUAUAGUGCCAGGAAUCAAAGUUAUUUAAAAAUCCCUUCUGUGACUUACCUGAUUCCAGCACCAAUGUCCCUCGGCUGGUUCAUGCUCCACCUCCGCUCCUCCCCCGGCAAAGUCAACUGGUGGGAGACCUAAUGCGCAUGCGCAUGCAUUAGUACUUCCAUCAUAGGAAAGCAUGUAUUAUGCUUUGCUAUGGGGUCUCACAUGACGCUGGAUGUCCUCUUGUAUAGUGUGAGGACAUCCAGCAUCAGUUAGGUGACCAAAAAGUAGCCACGAAAGGUGAAGUUAACCUUCAAAGGUAAUUAUUGCAGUUUAUUAAAAACUGCAGUUGUUACCUUUGCAGAGUUAAAGAACCACUAUAGUGCCAGGAAAAUAUAUUAGUUUUCCUGGCACUAUAGUGCCCUGAGGGUGCCCCCACCCUCAGGGUCCCCCUCCCGUCGGGCUCUAGGGUGAGGAAGGGGUUAAACUUACCUCUUUCUCCAGCACCGGGCAGGGAGCUCUCCUCCUCCUCUCUGCCUCCUCCUCGGCUGAAUGCGCAUGCGCGGUAAGAGCCGCGUGCGCAUUCAGCCAGUCUCAUAGGAAAGCAUUCACAAUGCUUUCCUAUGGACGCUGGCGUCUUCUCACUGUGAAAAUCACAGUGAGAAGCACGCAAGCGCCUCUAGCGGCUGUCAAUGAGGCAGCCACUAGAGGCUGGAUUAACCCUAAUGUAAACAUAGCAGUUUCUGAAACUGCUAUUUUUAUAGAAAAAUGGGUUAACCCUAGCUGGAUCUGGCACCCAGACUACUUCAUUAAGCUGAAGUGGUCUGGGUGCCUAUAGUGGUCCUUUAAGGAACCUGGGACACUGCACCCAGACCACUUCAAUGAGCUGAAGUGGUCUGGGUGUCUAUAAUGUCCCUUUAAUAAUAUAGUGCAAAAUUGCUAUGUAUACUUUGUAUUUCAAUAACUAGAUAUUGAUAGUUUUCUACAUAUACAAAAUCCAUGUUAGAUAGAUGGAUGUCAGUGUAAUGCAGAAUAUCUGGACGCGGGGGGCGGGUUAACCUUUGGGGUCAAAAAGGCAAUAAUUUGCCUUACGUUAAAGCAGUGGUUCUUAACAUUUUUUUACUGAGACAUAAUUUCUAGAUUGCAUUGUCUAUAGUAGUUCCCAAACAUUUUUUUGGAUGAAGACACACUUCAAUCAGCAACAUUUACAAGGCAUAUUUGUUUUAACAUUAGCAGUGGUUUAUGUCAUUAUUACAUUUGCUCUUUAUAGAGAGAUAAGUAUACUUCUAGCCAAACGGACUUAUUAGUUUAUUAAUAUUUGCAAAAUAAGGAUUCAAUUUCCAUGCUAAUGAAAAAACAAACAAACAAAAAAAAACAUUAAAAGGGACACUCUACGUGCCAAAACAACUUUAGAUUACUUAAGUGUUUUUGGUGUAUGGAUCAUACUCCUGUAGUCUCACUAAUAACAAACAAAAAAUAUUAUUAAAAGUAACAUUCUACUCGCCAAAACAACAUAUAUAUGUUUUUGGUGUAUGUUUUUGUUGUAUGGAUCAUACUCCUGUAGUCUCACUAUUAAACCAUCUGCCAUUUAGAAGUAAAAUCACACUUUGUUUAUGCAGCCCAGCCACACCUUCCUGCCUGUGACUCACAUAACCUCAAUGCCAACUUCCUGUAAAAAGAGAUCUAAUGUUUAAACUUCCUUUAUUGCACAGUGAGUUUAAUGUAGAAUUUCAUAUCGCUUGCGCUAUUGAUUUCCCACUAGAGCCUGCAGAAUCAUGCUUGAUUAAAGUUAAAUUGACUUUGAUUAAAGUUAAAUUGACUCUAAAGCAUGGGUGUCCAACCUUUUGGCUUCCCCAUACCACAUUGAAUGAAGAGGAAUUGUUCUGACCAAACAUAAAAUAUAUAAUAUAAUUAAUUUAUAUAAUACAACUUCAAAAGCCCUUUUCUUCAUUUUGAUAGUACAUUUGUUUAGUAGGUAACUCCCUUAUUUCUUAUGCUUAUGUAGGAUUGCCAUAUUUAAGGACACCAAAUUAGGGAGCUAUCUACUAAACAAAUACACAUAGUUACAUAGUUACAUAGUUACAUAGCUGAAAAGAGACUUGCAUCCAUCAAGUUCAGCCUUCCUCACAAAUGUUGUUGCUGUUGAUCCAAAAGAAGGCAAAAAACCUGGUCUGAAGCGCUUCCAAUUUUGCCACAAACUAGGAAAAAUUCCUUCUUGACCCCAAAAUAGCAGUCAGAUGUCUCCUUGGAUCAAGCAGCUAUUACCCCACUAAUUAGAAAUUAUAUCCCUGUAUGUUAUGUUUUUGUAAGUAAUUAUCCAAUUUCAGUUUAAACAUCUGUAUGGACUCUGACAAAACCACCUCUCCAGGCAGAGAUUUCCUUUCCUUAUUGUUCUUAAUGUAAAAAAACCUUUUCUUUGCCUUAGAUGAAAUCUCCUUUCUUCCAGCCUAAAUGUGUGACCUCGUGUCCUAUGUAUAUGCACAUAACCAGAGAUAGACACAAACACAAAAAAGAUAAGAAGUCCUAAUGUUAAUCUACCAUGCUGUGCAAAAAAAAACCUUAUUAAUGCUGUGUGAGUUCAAGACCAGCGUGACUGCUAGGCAAAUUAUGCAGCCGCCUAAGAUGCACCAGGGGCGCUAUGACUGGGUGGCUGGCAGGAGGGGAGCACACUGCACAGCGCUCCCACUCCUGACAGUCACUUCAUGUGGCAUGGCCGAGAGGACCAUGGUAGAGGAUCUUCUGUAUCUUUUACCAAGUCUGAUAGGAAGCUGUUUGUUACUCCUAGUGAGCAGCUUCCUAUCAGACUAAAUAGAGGAUACAGAAGAUCCUCUGCCAUGGCCUGCUCGAAUGUUGGCAGACACAGGAGGGGAGGGGGGAAAGAGACCACUGGUAGAGCGAUGGAGGACAAAGAGGCACACAGGUGGGCUGGGGGGAGAAAGAAACCCACAAAGGUGCUGAGGGGAAGAGACACAUAGAGGAUCUGGGGAAUGGGAUAAAGACACACAAAGGGGCUGGGGGACGAAAGAGACACAGAAAGUUGGCAAUUUUUGUUUUGGGUGUGGGGGGAUACAAGUAGCUGAUCUUGCCUAGGGCAGAAAAUAGUCUUGCACAGGCCUUGUGUGAGUCGUAUCCAAGAGAUGUGUUGCCAGAGUUGCAUAAACAGAUUUAACUUCUAAAUAGCAAAUGAUUAAGCAGUGAGCAUGACCAUUAGCUUUACUAAUCUAAAGUUGUUUUGGUGCUCUGAAUAUCCCAUCCAGGAUUGCAUUAUGCCUAUUGCAGCUGAAAGACAAAUUGUUUGUGUUACACUUUCAGGUUUCUUGUGCCAUGACAAACCAGUUGAAAAAUACUGGUUUGGGAAACUAUUUUAUAUUUUAUGGUUGCAAAAAUACUUUUGUGACCAAUUCGUAUACUGUAUGAUAUGCAACAAAAUUAAUUCUUCAACAUAUGUCGUCAAGACUCCAGGAAUAAUACAGAAAUCAGAGCCACCAAAAUAGCAAUGGGAUCCAAUUUUGAAUUCCGAUCGAUGGUUUAAUAAUCACAUAGUUUAAAAUUAUUACACAAUUUGAGUUAUCUGUUUUCUGAAAAGGAUUACCAUAACAACACUGAAAUCAAUUACCAUAUAUAGAUCUUAUAUGUGAUAUAAGAUCUAAAUAUGGUAAUCGAUUUCAGUGUUGUGUCUGCAUAGAACAUUUUAGGAGGGCUUGCUAAAGGCAAGGAUACACAGGUUCUGAUUUGCUAGUGGUUAUGUUGACUAAAACCCUAUGUUGCUAAAACAAUGUCUCUUUUUUGGUUCAUUGGAUUUCAAGUAAGUUUACUAUCUUUUUUGUAUUUAUUUAUUUUCUUGGUUUUAAAGGGGAUUGCUGCAUACUAUACCCAGUAGGGCAUUGUAAUUUAAAAUAAAAUGUUUGUUAUAAAGGGUUAGAGUAACCCUUUAAGGAAUAACUUUUUCUUUUUGUUUUUGAAUAAUAUUUUAUAUCUCUGCAGUGACAACCAUGACUCGACUACCUGUAUUGUGUUUGCUGCUCUGCUCUGUGUUUCAUUCUCUCUUGGCACAGAAUGAUGUUGAUCUGGCUCAACCAUGUGCAGGUAACUUGACCACAUAUGCUGACACUGUAACAGUUUUAACAGAUGUCCAGGCAUUUUAUGAUUUUGGCCAAACCCUCAUGCAUACCUGCUCAAUUUUACAUAAUUGCACAACUUUAUCUUAACACAAUCUCCUUCAAUGUUCUCUUUCCAAGCGAUGUCUUGCGCUACACCCUCUGAUGAAAAUUCAUUAAGAUCAUAUCAAAUCUCGUUGGGUAGGUUUGAUGGUUACCCGUGCCAUAUGUUUAAAGAUAUAUCACAGAGCAUGCAUCUAUGUAGAGGGAUCCAUGUUACAAUGGGUAGAUGAUAAAAGUGAUAUGGUCUCAUUUAUGUUCUGCUACCCAGAAUCUCUCUGUUUGUUGAUUGACAUGUUCUGUGUGGUCUACUUGUGGCACUUCAAACUACCUGCAUGGUCAUUUUGUACCCUCUUAAUGAAGAAUGAAAUGUUCUGUGUUCCAUUGGAGCAUUUUUGUUCAAAAUCCUAACUGUACACAGAUACUUUGGUUUCACAUCUCAUACCACCGACUUGUUUCGUAAGCCUUCACUGCUACUUUUGCACAAGAAAGUAUAUUUAUGUCCACUUGCAUCCUUUUCACUGAAUACGCAUGAAUGUAAUACAGUGUCUUUUCUUUACACUUGCACAUUAACAUAUUCCUGUAAUGUCUCCAAAUCCUGCCUUGUACAAUGUUCAGGAGUUUAUUGUGUUCACCUGUAUACACUGACAAAAUCCAUGUGGUCUUCCUACAGAUAAGAUCAACUGCCCAAUCAAUGUAUACUUCAUCAUUGAUACAUCUGAGAGUAUCAUCCUCCAAACUGCACCAAUCCAGAGUUUACUAGAUCACAUGAAACGCUUCAUUCCUAAAUUCCUUGAGAAGUUGGAGAAUGCGGCAUAUCUAGACCAGGUUAUGCUGUCUUGGCAGUAUGGUGGCCUCCAUUACUCAGAUGAGGUGAAAUCAUACAGCAAAAUGACCACCAAUAAGAAUCAGUACAUAGAAGAUCUCCGCAAAGUGCAGUACAUUGGUCGUGGUACCUUUACAGAUUGUGCCAUCUCCAAUAUGACAGCUGAAAUUCAGGCUCAAAUCCAGACUCAAACCGAGAAAACCACCAAUUUUGCCAUAGUUAUCACAGAUGGUCAUGUGACUGGAAACCCAUGUGGUGGUGUGAAGUUCCAGGCAGAUAGGGCUCGGGAUCUUGGAAUCAAGUUGUUCGCUGUUGCUGCAAGCCAUGAUGUUUAUGAAUCAGGUCUUCGAGAGAUCGCAAACCUUCCUCAUGAGUUGUACCGGAACUCAUACACUGUGACCACUGCUGCAGAUCAGACCGUAAUAGAUGAGAAAACCAUUGAUAAAAUAAUCCAGGUCAUGGUAAGUAUGUUGAACGGAACAGAAUACCACACUUACACAUUUUGUACGCGAAUGUGUGCAUUUGUUUUUGUAUCGCAAAUAUUUUUUAAUUAUAGAAAAAUAAUUCCAUUCACAAAGUUGUCACACAGAGUUGAUAUUUUUAUUUUCUACUACUGAAUCUAAUCAUCCAUCUCUUUAAACAAAACCAUUUAUGUAUUCAGUUGAAAACCACAAGUCAAUUAAUAUACGUCUGUAAUGUGCACACAAAAUAGUGUGAUUGACAGCAGCUAACAUACUCAGAAAAUACACAAACCAAAAGUGGGCAGCGACACCCUUACUAAUUAUAGUGAAAACAUUAAAAUAAUGAAGAUCAAUUCUGCCAUUCCAGAAAGUGAAGGUGCAAAACAAUAAUAAUAUUAUGAGUAAUAUGGAGGGUUUAAAAAUAACAAGAAUAUUUGGUUUAUUAAAAACUAGACGGGAAUAAAAUUAAAAUUGAGGGAGAAAAAAAAAAUACUGUGAGAAGAGCAUGAACAGAAAGAAUAUGCACACAAUACACAAGUAUUGCAACAGCUAUAUGUGGAAACAUCACUUUCCCAUGUGAUGUCAGUGUGUAGGAGCUGGAGUCUGGGUUCCCUAGAGUAAAGGAUCACUAUAGCGUCAGGAACACAAACAUGUAUUCCUGACCUUAUAGUGCUAAAACCACCAUAUAGCCCCCCUGGGCCACUCAUGCCUCCAUAAAUAUAGUAAAAAUCUUACUGUAUUCCAGCCAGAAGCUGUAACUCUGCAUGCUGUUAGACUCAGAAAAACAAACAGUCUGCAGACAUCAGCAGAAGUGGUGGCCUGAUCCAAUCACAAUGCUUGGAUUGGCUGAUUGGCUGAGACUGACAAAGAGGCAGAUCAGGGGCAGAGCCAGGAUGAUUCAAACACAGCCCUGGCCAAUCAGCAUCUCCUCAUGGAGAUGAAUUGAAUCAAUGAAUCUCUAUGAGGAAAGUUCAGUGUCUGCAUGCAGAGGGAGGAGACACUGAAUGUUUGGAUGCAUUUUAGGCAGCCAUGACCCAGGAAGGAUCUCUAACAGCCAUCUAAGGAGUGGCCAGUGAAGUUGUCAGUAGGCUGUAAUGUAAACACUGCAUUUUCUCUGAAAAGACAGUGUUUACAGUAAAAAGCCUGAAAGUAAUGAUUCUACUCACCAGAAAAAAAAUUCAAUAAGCUGUAGUUGUUCUGGUGACUAUAGUGUCCUUUUAAGCUGGACAUAAAUAUGGCAAGGACUUAAGAUAACUAAUGAGGGAAGCUUCCAACCAAAAUAUCCUAUACAAUAAGCUCUAAUGGGACUGUCACUUUAACAAAAUGCAUCAGAAAUUAAUUCAUUCCAGGGCCAGUGCUACAGUAAUGCAAAUGAGACUUUUGCCUGGAGCGCUGACCCAAAUGGGAACUCUCUGCACUUCCACAGAUUGGAGAAAAACAACUGGUCAGCACAAUCAUCUAUUUACAGAUGUUUACCUGUUACAGAGUGCCUGCACCUUACGGUUGUGAGCCCAGCACACUGUUUCCUUUAGGAAAGUAGUACAAGUGGGAACACAUACAGCAAUCUGCAGCUGAGAUGCAUACAUAGGCUACACCCAUAUGAGCUACUGGGAUCAAGCAGCUCUCUUUGCACAGGUCACAUGAAAAUACACAACCAUCAUCACAAUGUAACCUCCACACGCAAAUAUAUGUCCCAUGUGUCCCUAUUUUGAAGGAACAGUCCCUAUUUUUGGCCCAAAUUCCUUUGCCCCUUUUUUCUAUCCUAAUAUCCAUCUUUUUUAGGAGCUCCAUAUUGUUGAUGUGUCUGAGUGUAUAACAGAGCUACAAGGCAAUAAUACUGUUUAUAUUAAUGGAUAUUUAAACUACAAUAUAUCUGUUUGGAAAUCAGUCUGUGUAACGAAGAUUCAUUGUUCUUGGUCUAAAAUAAAUUUUGUUUAAUUAUCAACAAGUCACCUAAAAUGUCCCAGGACAGGUCUGGCCCUAGUCACACCCCUAAUAUCAAAGUGGCCCUUUAUCCAUUUGACAUUUUGGGAGGUAUGCACAACUACCACCACACACAUGCAGUGCCCCACACAGCUCCUAUCACAAACAGAAAGCCACACGCACCAUUAAUCUAACAUUUAAAUCCCAUGUAAUACAUGAAAACACAUACCAAAACAUACAACCCCUGUCAAGAAACCGUGGCAUCUUGUUCUGACCUGAAGUUUACUCCUUCUGUCUCUUAACAUACACACAGGAUAAUCAAACUAUCCACUGGAACAAUGACUCUGAGUGGGCACCCUGCCAAGCAUAGACUAGUGGGGAAAUCACAUGAUCUCAAAGACCAGACAUGCACCUCCGUAAUGCUUCAAGGGAGCUUAUGGUCUGCCCUUCUGAUGGGUGCAGAUCAGUCAGCAUUCCCUCUUAUUUAAGUAUCUCAGUGUUACUCAUUGAGGAGUGCCAGAGUAGGACUUGUACAAACUGUGAUAUUUUCCUGCCAUAGAUAGAGACCAAGACCAAAGCUCCCCCCACAGGUCUAAAAGGGAUCCUGCCCACUACAGCAAAACCAGGAAUUAUAACCCCGUCAAGCAGAGAUGGCAGACAAAAUUUUUUUACAAUUAAAUUGUGGGGUAGCUGAAAUUACAGCACAUAUUCAAAUCACACAGCCUGUACCCACACAUAACCACCUCAUACACACAGCUUAUCUACACACUCACAGCACACACAACUUAUGUCCAGCACAUGCAGCCUCCCAACACACAGCCUAUACUCACAAACACAACACACUGUUUCCACACAACACAAAGCAACCUCCACUCUCUUCCUCACACACAUGCAUAGCAACAUUCAAAACAAGCCGACUGGCAGACAGUGGCAAAUUCUAACAAGGAUGAAAACAGAGGGCUAAGUGAGACUGGCAGAUAGAUAACGGGGGAAAUGACAGUUUGAGUACAGAUAUGUGCAGUGUGAGAUUUAAAAAAAAAUGAAAAAAGAGACUGCAAAUGUGGGAUAUUCAAGGGGGGCAGGGGUUCAAUGACUUGGUGGUGCAGCUGCUCAAAUUAUAUACAAACAAAUAUGUAAUUAUAAUAGUGUAUAUAUUUUAGCAUUAGAGUAAGUUAUAUACCUAUAGAAAUAUAUAUUACAAAUAAACUAUUCAAUUUGUCAAAUAUAUUUCUAAUAUAAAUGAUAAAAGUUAUAUUUUUUCCAGAGACUACGUUUUAACUGACACAGAGUUAUUAGUUGCUCAUAUUUGUUUUCAAAAAUGCUAAAUAUAACUGAUUUUAUGUCUUCUUUGUAUUUUUCAGAAACAUGAAGCUUAUGGAGAGGUGUGUAUACCCACAGUCUGUACAGUUAACACACAACUGGGGAUGCAAAUGCAAUAAUAAUACAGAGUGCUCCGCUACAAUGACACAUAGAACUGUGUACUCAGAAUAUUUAAAAAAUUGAGGGCAGAUUUGACAGAUAAAAUGUUUGAUAUUUUGAAUUUUAUAAUUUUUUUUCUAAUUCAGCAAUAAUUUAAAAAGGAAUAAUUUAUUUACACAUAAAUAAAUUAGAGCAAAUUUUUAAAAAGACGACUAUUAAAUCUGCUACGUAAAACAAUGUUAGUUCAUGAUUAAUAACAGUCUUCAUGCACAACCAGGUUUAAAAUUCUUCUUAAUUAUACAAAAUCGACCUUUCUAUGCUCUUCUGAGUUCAUGUUUUGGCAUUAUCUGGAGGUUUAUUUAAAAAAAAAGCUCAUACUGUGGAAAAACUAACAAAGGAUACACAUAUUUUAGUUUAAAACAGAAUGAACGUUUUAUCAUGUUUCUAUUUUCUGCAUUUUUGGUGUAAAAUUUUCGAGUCAUCAAUUUUCCAUUUUAUGAUUUUGAAAAAAACAAAACUUUGUGAUAGCUAAUCAGCUCAAGUUUAAAGUAGGGAGUUUACAGUUGCGUUAGGGAAUUCCUAAUUCCUAAAUUCUCAAAAAUGCUAUACUUUAUAUAUUAACUAGCCAACUCGUUACAGUUAGGGUUAUUUAUAGUUAAAAAGGAUGAGUUAAAUUAUAAAAAUCACAAUUGCCUUAUUAACAUACUACUAAAGGUGGAGCUGUCAUUUGUGUGGAGGUGACAGUUCCUUAUUCCCUCACCUCAGUAAAUUAUGUUAAAGUCCUUACUUUAGCAAAUGGUGCCGCAGAGGUAAGUUAAAAAAAAGUACUUUUUUGGUAGUUCUUUGUCCAAGGCAAUGUCAUCUCCAGACAAUGCUCCUAACGUACUUAUCUGAGAGUAAUGCCGUAUGAAUACAUGUGCGCUCUGACAUUCCUUCCUUCCUCACACAAAUGGCACUGUUAGAGUUUAGUUGCAAUAAAAAAAAAAUAAUCUAAAAACAACUAUUGAAAAUUAAAAAUAAAAUGGCAAAAUCCAUAUCUAACUUUUAGGUAUUCAUUAAGUAUGUAUAAAAAAUAAUUCUGCUUCUGCUUCAAAGGAACACUCCAAGCACCAUAAAAACUUUAAAUGAAUGAACUUAUGGUACCUGGAUUAGUUCUUUAAUUACUAAGUGACGUUUCAUCCAUAAUGACACUUUGUACUGCAUUUGCUCCUUUUCCACUUUAAAACAUAGCACUUAGAACUAACUUCUCUUUAAACAAUAAGUUACUUUGCACAUGCACAUAUACAAGAACAUUUCCUAUAGUAGACUGUUCAUUAAUCUUUGACUACAGAUGAAUGUUUUUGAUAUUUACCCAGGACAUACUUGAAAACGAGAGAAAUCUCAAUGUAUCCAUCCUUGUAAAAUAUUUUAUAAACAUAAAUAUAAAUGAAAUAUAAAUAUAUACUGUACUUAUACAGCAUAUUUCCCUAUUUAACCAGGAGAUGGCAGUAGAACACUGUUGCUGAUAUAGAUAAUGGAAACUGUUAUUAAAUAUAAUGAUAUUGUUUGUGAAGAUGAGAUGUUUUGCACUUUAUUGCCACUGCUGCAGAUUUUACAAUUAUGAGGUUUGACAUGUAUAUAUAAUAAUUAAAUACACACUCAUAAAUUUGCUAUAUAUGUUUAACCCCUUUAGGACACAUGACAUGUGUGACAUGUCACGAUUCCCUUUUAUUCCAGAAGUUUGGUAAUUAAGGGGUUAAAGUAGAAGCAUUUUUUUUUUAACUUUAAAUAAGGAGCAUGAAUUAACCUUAAAAUAAUAAAAAAUAAAGUGUAGUUGCUUUAAAACAAAAUGUUUGUAAAGUAUGUCCAAUUAAUUGAGCCUUGGCCAGAUUUAGAAACAAAAACUCUUUUCACAGUUCCAGUGGGCAUAACUAAUCAAAAACGGUCUUCGUUUUCCAUUAAAAUUACCUUCCAGGUGUACUAACUACUUUUAUUAAUCACAUUUCAACCCAAGUGCCUGCUAUCGUCUUAGAAGAUUACUUAUCACUCCUAGUUUCGUGUUGUUUUCUUUUUCAUGUAGAAAGUACAAAUUUAACUGGGGGGCGUAUGUAUUUGUUUAUUUGCAUUGCUUUUUGCUUUGUGGGUUGUGUUUUUGUUUUUGUUUCUUUGUUUUUUUUUUUGUUUCUCUCCUAUGGCGGUCUGCUGCCUCUGCUUUCGGUCAGGAAUACAUGCCCGUGCCUAGUAGUCUGGUCAUAGAUUAUCCAAUGAAUAGAGAGUUUGAAACUUUGAAUCAAAUAGAGAGUUUGAAACUUUGAGUCAAAUAAAAUUAUAGUGUAAGACUUGUUCACAAGGUUAAAACAUGAACAAAACUGAGAGUUUUAUAAUUGACAUAUUAGUUGACUCAUUAUAGUUAGGAUUAAUAAAACAAGCCCUGUUUUUCAAGUAUUCUUUUAGAAGUCGUUAUGAGUAAUGUAAGUAGAUUAGCAAUUAUUAAUAGAAUACCAUACAUUAUGCUUCAUAUCAAAUAGUAUCAGUUAAUUAAAUUGAUAAUAAACCUAAUUAUAUUUUGUUUUUGUUUUUUUCCAGUGCUACAAACUCAGCUGUUUGCAGAUCACAGGACCCAAAGGUAUGCCAGGGCCAAGAGGACAAAAGGUAUGUAUAGUAAUAAAAUAACAAUGAAGCCACACUAAAUAUUUGUAUUGUUGCCCCUCACUAAUAGCCAAUUAUUGAUUUAAUUGAACGUAGAAGAAAGCAAAUGAAAGCAUAGUGUUUGUUCAAUAUAAUACUCUUAUUCAUGUUGAAGCUAUAAUGUACAGGCCCAUUUUUAAAAUGUAUUUGUUAUUUAAAUAUAGAGGACUAAAACGUAUAAAAACCAAAAGAUACAUAAGUGACAAUACACUUAUAUAAUAAGUUACCCAGUCAAACUUCAGAACUGGAAAAUGGAAAGGAACAGAAUCAGUAGACGUUACAGAAAUAGAUGAAUACACUCUACAGAGGGUAAUAAUGUACAAAAAUUGGAAUAGGACAAGAGCUAAUAUUGGCCUCACAAUGACACAAGAUAUUUUGGCUUGUCUGUUCUUAAGGAGUAUAUCUUCUUUCUCAUGAAAUCUUCUAUAACCACUUUGCCUUAUAUAAAAUAUGAGGAAGUAGAAAGACACAAUUGUGCAAUAUUGUAAGACAUAUUUGUUUAUUAGAGCAAAAUUGCAGAUAAAGUGAGCAUAUCACCACUUCUGGUGGUCAGAUUCCCCAACUGGAACACCAGAACGCCAAUGGUUUAAAAGACACAGAGAAUAUAAAUAAAUGAAAUAAACUAAAACAAAACGGAGGCUUCCAAGUCCCAAUGUGUUUAGUCUAAAUAUAGCCCUUUUUUUAUCUAAACCUGAAGACGUCUCUGGUUUAGACAAAUGCAUUGGAACGUUGAAGCCUCUUUUAUUUUGUUUAAUUGAAUGUAAGGAAUUGAGUAUGUUUGCAGUUUAAUUGAAAGUUCUCGUUUUUCAAUAAUAACUUUUAGAAAAAAAUUGAAGAAGAAAAAUAUUCUUCACUUGCAAAGUGCAGUAAUAUCACCCAAUACCAACAAAUUUAUUUGACUUUUGUUGCUGUCUUCUUUUAGGGUGCAAAGGGAAAUGCUGGUGACCCUGGAGAUGCAGGUUUAAAAGGACGACAGGUGAGUGCCCUACAUGUGGUUUAAGAUAAUAUUAAGUUAAUCUUGAGUCUCCAUUAAGAACCAGAGUAUUCUACUUGUUAGUAAUACGUUUCUGUCUUUUUAGGGGGACCCUGGAAUUGAAGGACCAAUUGGUUACCCUGGUUCAAAGGUAAGUCUAUUUGAUAAAGAAGAAAUACGGCAAUUAAUUAUUUUGCUCUACCUUAGUAUUGUCCAUGGUCUUACAUUUUUUUUCUUGUAUCUUACAGGGACUGCCUGGGUUCAAAGGUGAAAAGGUAAAGGGGUUCAUUUUGCCUUUUGAUAUGGUAUAUAAAGGUAUACCAUUGCCCAAGUAACACUUUCUAUUUUUGUUACACAGGGAGAUUUUGGUGGAGAUGGACGUAAGGUAAGAUGAGUUCUUUUUAUGGGACCUCUAUAUUUUGGUUACUUAUGAUGUGUAUGGAAACUAACACGUUUUCUCUUUAUGUCAGGGAAUUGCUGGGUCACAUGGAAGAAAUGGAACAGAUGGACAGAAGGUGAGAAUACCUGUUUCACAUACUUAAACAUUUUAAUUAAUUUCAUUGUCUGAUGAGUUUGUCAGUUUUUUUUACUCUCCAUGUAUCAUUAAUGCACCCUCAUCUAAAGACUAACAUGCCAGUGAAAUGUGACUCUGAGAAUACUGAUAAUCAUUUUUUUUGAAAGAAGGAAAGUGGCUCUUUUGACCCUGAUCUUGAUUGUUCUUCAUUCCAAUGCUGAUCUUGUGAUGGAAUGGCUUUCCUUCCCCAGUCAGAUCAUGGUCUAAUUAGAGCCCAUGAGCCUAAUUUUCCAGCUCACAACCAAUACAGCUCCCAUAUACCCAACACUCUUGUCCGUAUUAUAGUAUCUCUCUUAUUUCAGCUGAGGUCUCUCUUUUUGGGUAGCUUUUUCCUCAUGUCUCUUUUGGGUGCACAGGGCAAUUUCUAACAUACUGAUACAGAAACUUGCAUAUCUAUUGGAGUGUUUGAGAAAAUGAAAUAUCCUAAAUAGAAGAAUACAAAUGAUAUCUAAAGGAGGCUGAUUUGAAACAAUCCUCAGAUUCAGUUGAACAUUGGCAAAUUCUUUGUCUUUUAAAACAUUUGAAAGUUUGAACAAAAGCAGAAAUUGAUAUUAUAGCUUCUCUACAGUGACAAGAUAUCUCUUAGAGACAGCUGAAGAUACAGUCUGAACUUGCAGAAACAUAAACAAAAAAAAAAAGCAGUUUGGCUUUUCUUAAUGUGUACAGACACUCAACAAUGUUCUCUUUUUCAUUGUCAGGGAAAAUUUGGUCGCAUUGGUACCCCUGGCUGUAAAGGAGAUUCUGGAGAAAAGGUAAGAAUACCCCUGAUAGGACUCUAUAUUUUACAAGAAAAAUCAAUUUUAGCACAACUUGGUUUUGUUCCACUAUAGUAUGAAAGUGAUAAUGUGUUAGUUGUUCGUAUAACUAGCUCUUAUGUUUUCUGUGAAUAAGGACAGUUUGUUAGCAGCCUAGUAGGACGUGACAGUUUUUCUUAUCAGGGUUGGAUCAGAAUGGUAGAGCGUGUUGGUUUGUUAUAAAUAAAAAGUAACUAUAACUGUACCAAAUGCUUAGGAUUAACACAGGGGAAUAUUAAUAGUUUGAUUUAGACCCAUCAUUGGUGUUCAUCAGUCCAUGCUUUGUCUGAUUUUGGAAUAGAUUCAUAGGAAAGCUUAAAGAAUACAGAAUAAAAAAAAAAGGUUAUGGUCACCAUGGCUUAAUGAUAAAUAAUGUUUAAGUAAUAAUAUUUAUAUUUUCUAAUUUAGGGUCCAGAUGGUUAUUCAGGAAAUGCUGGAGAUCGUGGAGAAGAUGGAGAUGCUGGUGUAAAGGUAUGAGUUCAUAAUAAAAUGUUGGAUUAGCAGGUUCUUCAACCACAUUUUGUCAAAGUAUCUAUAGUAUCCAACACAACAGUUGUAUUAGUGUUAGUUGUAUUAGUGCUACCUCAUAAAAGCCAAAUAAGCUAAGCUGACUUGACAUCCUCAUUGUGACACCCUGCUUUUACUAUUAGAAUGUAGUGAUACGUAAUCAUUGUUGUUACACAGUCUUCAUUUUUAAACUAAUAUUUUAAAGUCCAAAUGAGACGUCUUAGUUUGGUUCAUGUGACAUCUAUGAAUUUCAGCCCAAGAUGGGAAAUACCUGAUUGCACGACCUUAAAGUAUGAUUUAAAUUAUGUAAUGCAUCAUCUAGCAGUUGAGAUAAGAUAAUUAAAGGUGUCUGUGUGUAAGUUAGUUUUGUACUGUUUGUAAGGAUUUUAGACUAAAUUUAUUUUACAUUUUAAUAUUGAGACCUUAGUUACAGCAAUUUACAAAUAUUACUGAUUGUGAAUAGAAAUUUGAACAGGAACACAUCGUAAUCUAUACUCUGUUUAUUUGAUGUUUUUUAGUUUAGCAAGUUGUUGUAUGAUGUACAGGUUAAAUGGCUUGGUAAUUUUGUCCUUACAAUUGCAGGGUGAUCCUGGACGUCCCGGUCGUUCUGGACCUCCUGGGCCAUUUGGAGAAAAAGGAGAUAAGGUAACAGAAAUAUGAUGAUUUUGUUAGGGACCAGGAACCAGACAGAGACAGAACAUAGAUGCAAAACACCUUUAUUAAAAGAUAGCAAACCAAAAGCAAAGCCCAGGAGGCAAGCAGGGGUCAGGCACCAAAGUGGGUAGUCAGACGAGCUGGAAUCAGGAGAAUGGAGAGAAGCGGAGUGAGGAACAAGACCAGAAGUCAGGAACACACAGAAAACAGGAAACAAGAAGUCUUCUGGGAAACAGCAAACCAUGCAAGGGCAAGGAGGUACUGGAACUUGCUGCUUAAAGAAACUGCACUGAUUAGCAUAAAGGCUGGCUACUUACAACCAGGUGAGUAACCGUAGCAACAUUAAUGAAGGAGCUGAUCGUUAAAAACAGCUGAAUAGCCCAGACACAGAGUAAGGAAGGGUUACUGUUUAUAACAGCAGAGAAACCCUGACAGAUUUGCUCAUGAAAAAAGGUGUAUGUGGUUAAACUAAUGUAGAGAAGAUAUUAUUUGGGCUUCUCUCUAGUACAAAAAAUAGUUACAUAGAUAUUCCUGCGCUAGAGGUUGAUUGAAGCCUGUUUCUGGCUCUCCAAGCUCUCUCUCCUCCAUUCUUUCUCCCUCACCUCGUGGCACUCUAAUACCUGGGUUCCUUCCAGUACCACGGCCAAAUUCCUGGUCUGAGAGGGGCUCAGUGUUAAAGGAGCGCUCAGUGUUUAAAUGGAGCACUCAACUUGGCAAUCUUUAAAGGGACACUAUAGGGUCAGAAACACAAACAUGUAUUCCUGACCCUAUAGUGUUAAAACCACCAUCUAACCCCCUUGGCCCCACCUUGCCUCCCUAAAUAUGGUAAAAUCUUACUUGUGUUCAAGUCUGCAGCUGCUGCCCCUGCCCCUAAUCUGUCUGCUUGGCUGACAUCAUUGGAAGUGGUGGUCUGAGCCAAUCACAAUAUUUUCCCAUUGGAUUGGCUGAGACUGUCAAGGAGGCAAAUCAGGGGCAAAGCCAAAACAAGUCAAACACAGCCCUGACCAAUCAGCAUCUCCUCAUAGCGAUGCAUUGAAUCAAUUCAUCUCUUUGAGUAAAGUUUGGUGUGUCCGUGCAGCGGGUGAAGACACUGAAUGAUAGGAAGCACCUCUAGUAGCCAACUGAGGAGUGGCCAGUGAAGGUAUCAUUAGGCUGUAAUGUGAACACUGUAUUUUCUCUGAAAAGACAGUGUUUACUGCAAAAAAACCUGAAGGUAAUUAUACUCACCAGAAUAAAUACAACAAGCUGUAGUUGUUCUGGUGAUUAUAGUGUCCCAUUAGGAAGAGUCUUUGUGAAUAGCUGUAAAUCCAAUAAAGCCAAUUUUUUGUUAUGUUGGUAUUGUUCGUAGGGUUUUUGUAUUGUUAAAACUAGUUUUCAUAGUACAGGGAAAGGGAAGGGAAUGGUCUCACUUUGUUUGUCAGUGUUUUAAAUCGUGAUAUUACUAAUAAGAGGCAACCAGAGAAAGGUGCACAGUUAUAGUGCAAAAACAAAUGUAUGCCAAAAAUAUGGAUGGAUAUUUGCUGAAUAAAGUUUGUAUUACAUCCAGGGCUUUGUGUACUCCAGAUUUUAUUUAUUUGUCUUGCUUCAAGUUCGCAUCAUACUUUUUUCACUUUUGUCUCCCAUUCUCUCAAGACUGAUCAGAUUGUGUCUUUCUUUCCUCCUACUCUCAUUUCAUUACAUCACAUUUUCCACUUCAGUCUUAGUGCCCUCAUCGCAUUUCCCUCUCUACGCGUUUUAAGAAAAUUAGGUUUUCCACUUGCAGAAAGUGUUAAAAAAAUAUUAAUCUCCCUCUCUCAUAAAAUUCUUGUCAUUUAAUUAUUGUAACAUAUACUUUCGAUUCUUGUUUCAAUGUACACAUUCCCCAUGCUACCAACACCACUGUCUCUGCACAAUCCUUCAACUCGUCUCCAUAAUAAUUUCUUCUUACUGUGAACAUAAUUGUCUCUAUUUACAGUUCUUAAUAUUUAUUGUUAUGCUUUUGGUGUACCCUUCACGUAUCAUUGAUCACUCUCCAUCUUCCUUUCUCUAUCAUCUCAGGGUCCUGCAGGGAACAGUGGAGCACCGGGAUCUCCUGGAACGAAAGGCGGGAAAGGAGGCCUUGGUACAGAAGGACCAAAAGGAGAACCUGUAAGUGGUGUAGAUAGUGCACAAAUAUGUAUGUCAUUGCUUACAUUCUUGCCUGUUUUUAUGAGUUCUUUUGAAACAGUCUUUCCUUUUAAGUAAUUUUGUGGCAUCAUGUAGGACAGUAAUUCCAUUUCGUAUCCUGAUAUUCUGUUCCGCGGCACUCUUUCUCAUGCCAUGCUGUGCUGCUAUCUUAUUCAUUACUAUUAUACCUUAUACCUACUCUGCUCUUUGUUGUCAUGUUGUAAUUUUACUUUCUUUCACCUUUAAAUUAUACAAAAAGGGACGCAGAGGGGACCCUGGAAAUAAGGGAGCUUCAGGAGGAAAUGGUUCCAAAGGAGAGAAGGUUAGUGAUCAUAUUCUGCAAUAAAAUGUAAUACUAUACAAAAUUGUGUUUUAUAACUCACAUGUAUUUCUUGUUAUGUUACAUUUAGGGAGAUCCGGGCCCAGAGGGUCCUCGAGGCCUUGGGGGAGAAGCUGGACUUAAAGGAGGAAAGGUGACUAGAAGAAUAGCAUCCCAAGCAUGUGUUGACUUUUGUAACUUGUAUGGUACCUUUCUAGUACACACUGGUAAAUGCCAACAUUGAUCUUCCACAUUGUUGAAUGUCGCACAUUGGUCCAAACAUUUUAGUUACUGGGUUCCAACUAUGACACAUAAUUCAGCCGUAUAUACUGUCUGUACUUUACAGUUUGUAUGUUACAGCUUUCAUAUUAUAUCAUGCUAAAUGAUUUUUGCCUUUUAGAACACAGUUAGAACUCCUAUAGAAUGUAAGCUCGAUUGAGCAGGGUCCUCUUCAACCUAUUCAACCUAUUGUUCCUGUAAGUUUAUUUGUAAUUGUCCUAUUUGUAGUUAAAUCCCCUCACAUAAUAUUGUAAAGCGCUACGGAAUCUGUUGGCGCUAUAUAAAUGGCAAUAAUAAUAAUAAUAGGACACGUACCAUACAUUAUUCAUGAUAUCAUGUUUGCUGAAGGUCAAACCGUAAAUAAUUCUGGUGCACUUACUACUGUCUACUUGUAAAAAUCCAGCAUGGAUAGCACCUGCAGACAGCAGUGUAUAGAGCCUUGGACACUUACAAAAUGUUACAGUAACAAUUGGUUGAUGAGUACCCUUCUCAAACCAGCUUAAAAUCUUUAAGGAGCUCUGGUAUAAAAAGACAAUAUAAAUUGCUUUCUUGUAUUUUACAAGGUUUGAAUGUGGAUAAUGCUGCAUUGUGAAUGCCAUCGUAGUCAAGCAUGAUCAAUCUUAAAGGCCCCAGAUUGUGGGAGAGAGCCGGGACAGGGAUAUUUGAGUGGGCAAAUGCUUAUUUCUCAGGUUCCCUCUACUACUCUACUCUAAUUUUAAUGCUGUAGCUUUAGAUAAUUUUGAAACCUAGGCUGGGGUACCACCAGUGUCCAAUUAGACAGCCCUGUCCCAGGCAUAUGAUUUUAAACUGUGAUACAUUCAGGCAGCAUUGGGCAAAUUACUUGUAAUUACAAUUCAUUUUAUUAAUUCUCUUGUGCAUGUUAAGUCACUAGCUCAUUAACAUUAUCAAAGGCAAAAAAAGACAGAGGUAAUAAUAUAACCUGGAUGAUAAAUAUUUAAGUCCUCCUAAAUAAAGGAUCAGUAUGGUUACAAAUGGAUACGAAGUACAAUCCAAAUUUGUUCUUAUUUUUCUGUAGGGCGAUCGCGGACCACCAGGACCACGGGGAGACCAAGGACUUCAAGGUCCUCCUGGCAGGAAUGUAAGUACUUUCAUUGGUUUUCUUUUUCUGCAUUUACUAUUCACUGGUUAUGUAUCUUCUCAACUGUCUGUGUACAAAUAUACCGAGAACCCUUUGUAAGUAAACACCCAUAAUUUAAGUCAGGUGUUUUUAAAAAUGGUUAACCCUGCACCCUUAUAGUAUGUGAGUUUAGGUGAGUGCAACCUUCUUUUUUUCUCAUGUAAACAUAUUUGGGAGAUCAGGAAAACUCCCUUGGUUUUGCACCCCUCCCUGUUGCUGAGACACUUAGAAGGCAGUGUGUAUUUCUGGCUCUAUUAUUCUCUGCCAACAGUUAUUCAUAUUUAUAUUUGUUGAUCUUAAAAUAAAAAAUAAUGAUAUGCUUGUAUGUAUGUAGGUCCGUCAAGAUGAGCUCACUUGGUUUUGUACCUCCCCCUGUCCCAGGUGCCUCAUUACAGGUCCCUAUUUAACCUUGCUCUGCAGAGAGUCCCAGAAAGAUGGAUUUUCCAAAAUUUAGAAUAAUAAAACAACGCAGGUGGUGCUAGAAUAGGAUCUGCCAGAAUGGGGUACAUUGAUCAUACAUUGCAUAGGCCUUCCGCAAUGCAAUAUACUGUAACUAAACAUUAUUUUUGCAUAAGUCAGGUGGUUUUAUAUCUUUUAAACUAAAUAUAUAAAUAUAUAUAUAUAUAUAUAUAUAUAUAUAUAUAUAUAUAUAUAUAUAUACAUAUAUAUAUAAUCGCAGGGCAUUUUCCAUUUCUUCUCUUAUUGUUGUAAUUGUAUCAUUGUUUGUCAGCUUUCUCAAUAAUGUUAACUCUUCUGUUCAUUCUUCUAGGGGUCACGUGGAGAUCCAGGUGACAUGGGAGAGAGAGGAGUUCCUGGACAAACUGGACCAAAGGUAUAUCGAUGGUGCUGAAUAAUUAUUAUGCAUUAAUAAAUUACUUUUUUCAGUGGAUGCAUACACCAUAGGAAUGUUAAUAUAGGUGCCAACAGUCCUGAAUUUCCGUGGACAGUAUCACAGUCAAGUACUGUCACAGCCAAGGCUCCUUGUAAUUAUCUCUCCCCACCAGUCUAUAUAAGCCGAAAAGAUACAUUUGAGUGCUGUAAACAGACCCAACCAUUGGUCAGCUGCCUGUAGACAUAUACCUAUUCUAAAUAAUUGGAAACCUGACCCUGCAGUGACCUAUUUUGAAAUCUGCUGGCAGGAUGGGACUACACAUUUCAGCAAUGCUCUGUGCAUGGACUUCCUUGAGGGCGCAGUUAGCCUGGCCACAAUCUUUAAGUGAGUGACAAUUCCCCACCAGCCCUGAUGGGACAGGCCCACCCCCCUUGCGCAGUGCCUUGCGCAGCCGGCUUUCUGUUAACACAUACCUAUCAACGUUCCUUGCCCACCUCCAUCCCAGAAGAUGCAAGACCGAAACAGCACACAGUGAGGUUGAAAAAAAUCAAGGAACAUAACGAAAUAUGGUGGGAUUUGUUUAAAAGUUAUAAGUGUUAUCCAAUUAUAUUUACAUUAUAUUCAGUGAGACCCCAACAAUAUCAACAGAAAGUAAUUGUUUCAUCAUAAACUAUAUGUUAGAAAUACCUAUCCUGCAUAUGCUGCAGUAUUUCCAUGGCAGGCAAAGAUUCUAAAAUACCAAUAGAAACAAGUAAAAUAAAGGUGCUAAAAAUAAUCUCCAAACCGAUUAAAAUUGUAUAAAGAAAAGUAGCACCAGUGAAGUGCAGAAGCACCCAGAAUACACAGGUAAAGAUUCUUGUCCAGGAUAUGUUAUUGAUGCAGCAUUCUAACAUCCAAGAUGCAAGAAUGUAUUUGAAAAGGUAUCUUGAAAGUCUAGAUAUUUUUGGCGGAAGCCAGAUACAUGGUUUCUUCACCAUUCUUCUUAUUGUAGUAGACUAACACAUCUGGCAGCUAAAUCCAUGCCACAGUCAAAGUUACAUAGUUCACUAAUCUUCCCCAUAUCAGAAUUUAAGUUAAGGUCUUCUAUAAACACAUUAGCAUAUCAUCGUUUAAAAUAUUACUAAUAGUACUAAAUGACACUAUACUUUAAUAUAAUUUUAAUACGUUACUAUAUACAAUGAGAUAAUUCUGUUUAAAUUCUGUUUAUGUAAAUCAUUAGUAGCUGUGAGCCACGGAGGGACAUUCAGAGUUCUAUUGAUGGAGAAUUAUUGCUUGUUAAUGCACUGAUCUUUUUGUGCAGGGAGACCGAGGAAGACCCGGUAUCAGUUAUCCAGGACCAAGAGGUCUAUCGGUGAGUAUAAAUAUCCAUGGCAAAAUUUGCAAACUGACCUAGGGGAUUUGUAUUACUCAACGAAAAUUAUAUUUUUUUAGCAUAAUUGUACAUUUUUGCAUGUUGAAUCUCUCAAUAGAUAACAGAUUUUGUAAUAUAUAUGUAUAUUAUGUGUAUGACUUUGAAGGGCUUUGGAAUAUCAAUGUUUUACUAAAUUAAAGGUUUUUUUUGUUUGGUUCUUUAGUUUUGAGUUUGAGGAAAAUUGGUCAGCUCAUGGUGUUGGGUAAUUGAUGUAUGGUGUAUGCAGGACCAGUGCAAGGAUUUCUUCCGCCCUAGGCAAAGAUCCAUUUUGCCGCCCCUGCAGAUGCAGUUAACUGAACCAUAUGCAGUAAAAUCUCACAUUAGGGCAGAUUUGUGUGAGUUGAAGUCACUUAUAAUAUGUAGAUAUUAAGUAACCAUUCCUACUAGACAGAAAAGAUGAGACAUGCCUUAGCUAAGUCGUGGCUGGCCUAUGGCAGAUGCAGGGGAAUGGAAAUGUUAAGCUAAUGCAGGUCGAAUAAACUAAAAAUGCCAAAAUAUAAUAACUUUUUUGUAGUAAAGUGUAAACUGAAAAUGUUAUGGAUAUGUCUAGUUUGGAAUAUAGUUUGUGAAUUUGUAGUUAUUUUAAGAACACUAUGAGAUCAAGAGAUGUGAUUGUAAUAUACUGAUACAGAUUCAGACCUGAACUGUAUGACAUUUCUAUUGUAUGUGACUUUUAGCUUAAUCUUAAAGAAAAAAAGGAAACAUGCAUUUCUCAGCAGUGGUGCUGUCUUUGAGACCACGAUUUAUAAAAAAAUAAAAAAAAUAGAAUAAGGAACAGUGCGCAAACAGAAUAAGGAACAGUGCGCAAACAAAAAUACAGUUUUAAAUUUUACAAGGCGACUUAAAAUCACCUAUCUUGGCUAACAAAUAUGGGGAUUCAGUUCCACCAUAUGGCCAUAUAGCCCACCACUACAUCACAGUACCCCAAUAUCGGGGAGUCCUACACUAAUUUAACAUAAUUUUAACAAAUUAAUAGUGAUAGUGCUAAAUGAACUAAAGUGUAUUUAAUUACUCUGUGGUAAGAGCAUUGUGAAUACAUACAAUGCAAAAUGAUUUUACUAAAAACACAAUUGAAAAAAAUAGAAUAAAAAAAGUAAAAUUUUAAGUGAUAGUGCUUUGAUGUAUAUAGUUACAAUGCAUAUCAUGUCUGCUCUAUAUCUGAUAUAUAGUUGUGUUGUUUGUGUUGUUACAGGGAGAUAAAGGUGAAAGUGGACCACCAGGACCAAGGGUGAGUGGCACAAAAUCACUGAGCAUAAAAUGAAACUAGGAUACUUAAGUGAAAUGACCUACAGUCUGUACAUUUUAAAACUUCGUACUUAUUUUACUUCUGUUUUUUUAUUCCAUUCUUAUGCACGUCAAAUGCAGUUUUUAUUCCCUUUCAUUCAGUAGUGUUUAGUAAAUACCAAAUAGUCAAUUAACCUAAGAGGGAAGCCGUAUUCUGAACAAUAACAUCAGAUUCCUUACAAAUAUCUAUUAACUUGGUUCCUUAUUUAGGUACAAUAAUUGACUUCUUUGCUAAUAUUUCACUAGUCUGAAAUACUUCACAAUGCAGAAUACUGUCUAAUAAUGUCUAAUAAAAGAGUGAAAACCAAAUACAUGAAAGAUCAAAAUGGUAUAAACUGAACCAAUCUUUUAGGUAUCCCUGAACAGCAAUUAAUGGAAUUUCGGUGUAUUCCAUGUGCCAAAUAAAUGCUGUUAAUGAUUUUUUUUAACUGAAUAGAAUUUGCUAUUGAAAGCGUUAGUCGCUCCAUUCUAGUGCUUUAUUAGGUAGAAUUUACAAACUGUAAACAUGUGACUUGCUCGUUUUUUUUUAUUAUGUUUAUUUCAGUAUAUAACACAGACAGGUUAUAGCCAAGAUGGAUGCGAGGAUGUAGAUUUCAGUGUAGAAAAUAUUACAUUCAAGAAGUGCUCACACUCAGUUUUUCUACAUUUUAGACAAAAUAAUGUGCAUAUAGAACAAUUUUAUUCAGUUCCACUGUCAGAUUGUUACCCACAUUUACACCCACAGCUACAAUACUCUACAUGUAUGUUUGACUUAUAUAUUUCUUCUAUUCCAUGUACUCAUGAUUAUCACUGUUCUCCUAGGGUGGGAGAGGAGACUUUGGUUUGAAAGGAGGAGCUGGAACAAAGGGCGUACCAGGAGAGCCUGUGAGUAUCACACAGCCUGUGUUGGGUAAAUACACAAUUGCGACAACUUUAUAGAGUUUUGGGAUUACUAUAUAAAAUAAGCUUUAUUAUUGACUUUUAAUUUCUCUUUUCUUGCAGGGAGACCCCGGCCCUGAAGGAGAGCCAGGACCCCGAGGGCAAUCUGGCGAACCUGGAUCUCCGGUAUAGUGAACAUAAUUGUCCACGUUCAGUCAGAUAUGACAUCACAGCGCAGUUCUUACUGUAUAGAAUGUAAAUCUAGAUAACAAAUAGGAAAGUGUAGAAUUAAAUGCAGCCACAACACAAAUAUUGUGCAACACAUAUAAAAUAUGUCUUUAUUGUCACUAGUCCUUAUAAGAAACAUCAGUAGUUAAAAUGUACAAGGUUUAAGUCAAUCUCUAGGGGCUGAUGGCUUUAUAUAGUUACAUAGGCUGAAAAUAGAUAUGCGCCCCUCAAGUUCAGCCUUCCUCAAAUCUCAUGAAGCGCUUCCAAUUUUUCAACAAACUAGAAAAAAAAUACUUCUUGACCUCAGAAUGGCAUUCAGAAGUCUUCUUGGGUCAAGAAACUAUUACUCCACUAAUUAAAAAUUAUAUUCUGCAAUAUCAUGUUUUUGCAAGUAUUCAUCCAAUUGCUGUUUAAGCAUCUGUACAGACUCUGAUAAAACCACCUCUUCAGGCAGAGAAUUCCAUAUCCUUAUUGAAGUUUUUAUUGCAUGGUUCAUUAUAGUCACCCUGUGUUUCAUCUUCCAUCUGGUACUCCUUCAUGCAAAAUAUUCUGAUGCAGCAUUAUAGUGCAGUCUCACUUUCAUACAUACCGCAUUAUACAGCACCCUCAGUUUCUAGAUAAACUGUAUUACAGUGUUUUGCUUUCUAUGUACCAUCUAUUAUAUAGUCUCACUCACACUGAAUAUAUGAUUCACAUUGCUUUUUUUACUCUCCACAUAUACGGUAUCACAGUGCUCAGUAACAUUUAUUACCUACUUCUGUUAUUAGGGUGACAUUGGCCCCUCCGGUGAUCCUGGACUAACAGUAAGUAUUCUUGCAUUGUACAAUAUUCAUGUGACUUGCUGUAAAGGUGUGACUUCUUAAUGGGCAAAUUUUAAGCAAGUAAACCUGAAUGUGUUUUUUCUUUAUUGAAUUUUUUUUUCUUUAAACAUUGGGUUGUUUGUGAACAAAAACUAUUAACAAAGUAAUAACAGGUAAUGGUAUAAAACAAAUGUGUGUUUUAUACCAGUGCAUUUGGCAUGCCCAGCCAGGAUGUGCCAUAUUAUAGGACUAUGAGAAUAAUAAUAAAUUGUGUGAAUUAAUUAACACAACAUCAGGUGUCUGGUGACGUGAUGUGACAGGGCAUGGCUUGGUGCAUGGGAGGAAGUAGGAUAACGUUUAGGUUUGGAAGGGUGCAAUUGCUAAUGGACUUAAUUAUCUAAUUAAAGGGAAACUGUAGGAACUAUAACAGUGUCAUCUCACUUAAGUGGUUAUGGUACCUGUACUCUCUGGCACUGUCCCUCCAAUCAAUGUUAAACAAUGUUUGAGCAUUUUAACAUUAAAUGCGGGUUCCUCACCACCACAGCCCAGUCACCAUAGGGGGUAUGGGUAAGAGGCGGAUUAGCUAUGCUUAUUAGCCAUGCCAAUUCGUACAUGCAAUGGUUGACUGUGAUAGGCUAAGAAUAGACAGCUGACACUCACAGCAGAACAUCACCAUCCUCAGGAUAAUGUUCUUUAUCCUCUAGAUUGUAGGCUGUUUGACCAGGGUCCUCAUCAACCUAUUGUUCCUGUAACAUUUUUUGUUACAUAAUUGUUUCAUUUAUUGUUAAAUUUCCCCCUUAUAAUAUUGUAAAGCGCUGCGGAAUAAGUAGACACUAUAUAAAUGCUAAUGAUAAUAAUAAUAAUUAGCCCAGUCAGCAUAGAAUAAACAGGGUACUGCUCGGGACUCUUGUUUAAUGCUAAACCAUUAAAAAUGUUCUAAUGCUGAAUGGGAGUAUGGUGCCAGAGUACUCUAUACACUAUAACCACUUUAGUGAGAUCAGAACUAACAAAAACCACAGAUCAGUACAUGAGGGAACAAAGUAUAGGAAUAUAUAUUACAGAAACUCUCUUUAUUUUCACAGGACUGUGAUGUCAUGACUUACGUCAGAGAGACAUGUGGUUGCUGUGGUGAGUUUUCAUGCAUAACAACAAUAUCGCAUGGAGGGUAUAAAAUGUAACAACCACUACACAAUAAGGUGCAAAAUAAAAUGGGCACCCUGAAUGCCCCAACUAGACAUAUAUCUAUACAAAAAUCAGGAUGCACAUUCAAAUAGCUGCAUAUUAUUAAAUACUUGAUUCAACAAUACUCAUGCAAUUAUAUACAAAAUAAUUAUUCAAACAGACAAACAAGGCUGGGCACAAAUAGCAAAGUCAUUACCAUAAAUUCCACAAGCCUUAUAGGACACAAGAGUUUUCACACAUACAAUAUUGUGCUUGUAUCGUGAUCUAUUCAGAACUAAAGCUGGACAUACAGAUAUAUCAUUACACAGUAAACAUAGAAUGUGUUGGCAGAUAAGAACCAUUCAGCCCAUCUAGUCUGCCCAAUUUUUUAAAAUACUUUCAUUAAUCCAUUAAUGAAAUUUUCUGUUGCCUUCAGCAGUGCAACUUUUAAAUAAUCCCAUUUCUCUUGGACUCCAUUUAAAUUGCUCCAGUCUGAUACACAUCCUUUACACAUAUUCUAAUUUUAGAAAAGUCUGUUUUUCUAAAGUCUAAAACUUUUGUUUUUGUGUGGUUUGACUCAGUCACUGUUCUUAUAUUAAACCACACUGACUGAUGAUCACUGGAUCCUAAAUUUUCACCUACAGUAAUAUCUGAUACCAAAUUUCCAUUUGUUAACACCAAAUGGCCUCUUUACGAGUUGGCUCCUCAACGACUUUGUAGAUAUGUACAAAUGAUGGAAAUGCCACAAUUUGGGGUUGGUUGCACUGACUACAUUUCUUGUACCAGACUGACUGACUAUCUGUACUGUCGUACUAUCUACCUGCAUGGUUAUAUGAGUACAACAUACUAGUACAUUGGUCUUUUAAAGUAGGACACAAAGUAAAGAGUUGAAAGACACAGACAUACAGGCUGCUAAAUUAAUUUGUCACGCUGAUAGUUCAGACCUUAAAUAAGAAUUUGUGAAGAAAAUAAAUGUUAUUAGCAAGCUUUAAGGGAUGUACAUCCUGUGUUACACUUACUGAUCGCUAUGUAUACUUGAACAUGAACUACGCAUGACAGUAGCAAUGAUUUAAUUAUUGCUGUACACACAAAGUAAGGGAGGUUUAAUGCAUUAUGUUUAUGUAAUCAUUUUAAUGCAAAUGUUUAAUACACACCCUCUAAAAAUUAUUAAAAUUAGUCAUUCAACUGCAAUGUAAAUGGCUGAUCAUUUCCUUACCUAUACUGUUUUGUUUUUGUUUGUUUAUUUUUUGUUUUCUUUUGUCUUUUUUAUGUAAGUAAACAUUGAAAACUGUGUUAAGUCAAUAGAGAUAUUUUAAUUAUUAUUAGUCAUCUCGCCGAACAUUGGCCAUGUAAUAGUAUGCAGAGCCUUGUUUUACCUAGAUCACAUUGAUCGAAGAAUUGAUACCUAAUAGUUUUGGAUCCUCUCUGGGUUUUCAACAUUCCACCUGGUCUGACAUGCAAUCAGCUUGUACUUGAUUUUUUUUUUUUUACUGUAUCUCUUUCAGAUUGUGAGAAACGUUGUGGGGCUGUGGACAUCGUAUUCAUUAUUGACAGCUCUGAGAGUAUCGGAUAUACAAAUUUCUCUCUGGAGAAAAACUUUGUCAUCAAUGUUGUAAGCAGGCUGGGAGCUAUUGCUAAAGACCCGAACUCUGAAACAGGUACUGCAAUGAUUGCAAGCCAGCAUUAAUCAACUGCAGCUUUAGUGGAGUACUUGGCAAAACUAUCAAAAUAUACAAGCAAUGCAUAUAUGAAAAGCUGCAUACAAAAUAGUUAACAGGGUAAAAUGGCUAGAUGGAAAAUAUCUUUUCUUUGUUUAUUAUUUUUAUGUAUUUAUUUUUGGCCUACUGUUUGAUAUACAGUGUAAUUUACUGUUUAAUAAAUUCACAUUCUAUAAUUUACAUUGCACUGCAAGAGAUCUACAUAAUCUGCUUUCAAAAGUGUCUCUGUUAGCGCACAGGCCUUAACUCAAAGUAGUAGUGCAGAGUAUUAUUAAUGGAAUAAAGUAAAUUAUAUAUUGGUUACCUGACAAUUAAAUUAAUGUCAUUAGAAAAGAUAAAUGGUCUUUUAAUCUCUGGUAGUUGGUUUUCACAUAUGACCAUAACAUGUGCUGAACAAACCUUGUCAUACCCUGCAGGUGCCCGAGUUGGUGUGGUCCAGUACAGUCAUGAAGGCACAUUUGAGGCAAUCCAACUGAACGAUCCCCGUAUUGAUUCCUUGUCCAGCUUCAAGGAAGCAGUCAGACGCCUGGAAUGGAUAGCUGGAGGUACCUGGACUCCUUCUGCUCUUCAGUUUGCCUACAACAAGUUAAUCAAAGAGACCAGACGUGACAAGGCCAAAGUAUUCGCUGUCGUAAUUACUGAUGGACGUCAUGACCCCAGAGACCCAGAUGAACGUCUCCAGGUUCUAUGUGGUGGAGAUGUCGAUGUCAAUGCCAUUGGUAUUGGAGAUAUGUUCAACAAACAGGAAGAAGAUGAGACUCUGACUUCCAUUGCCUGCAACCAGGCACAGCGUGUGCAGAAGAUGAAACACUUCUCUGAGUUGGUGGCAGAUGAAUUCAUAGAUAAUAUGGAGGAGCGACUGUGCCCAGGUACUAACUAGAAAUAAAAUGUGGUGAAUCUCUUAUUAAUGUACAAACCAUGGCUCAUGAGUGUGUGAGAGAGAAUUAUAAGGUGGUUCUCCCACAAUAGACAAAUACCAGCUGGGACCUCCUUUCACUACCGUAUUGAUGAGAUGUUGCCAAUAACUAAAUAUAUAUAAUAUUCAUAGUUAGUGGAUGACUCCAGCACAGAAACACAGAAAUCAGUCAGUCAACAGAUCUGCUAAAUAAAUCAUGACUAUGUAUCUACUAAAUAACUUACAUGUUGUAAGUUAACCAAUGCUAAUUGUAUUCAUUUACAAAACACAAUGCCCUCACACCUCACAUGGUCUUCUCCAAGAGCUAGCUAUGGGGGAGUACUUUUUUCCAUUUAAUUCAUAACCAUGUACAUUAAUAUACAGUGUAUGUCCAGCUGUCAUAUAUCAAUGCCAUGGUGUCCUAUGAAUGCACACAGUACUGCUGAAAUAAUACCUAAGUGUGAAUGCUAUAGAGAUAACUGAGUUUAUUCACUGCCGCUGUACUAUUCACCUGAGUAAGUGCUUCAAACGUUUUUACUAGAGUGAAAGAAUGUGGAACUGUUGCAUUUCUGAUUUUACCAGUUAGUCAGUCUGUGUAGAAGAGGAAUAAGUGGAAGGGGGACUGCAGACUGUACUCAGAUGCAAUCAUUAUUUAAUUCUACUACAGUUAUACCUUAAAGCAGGGGUGCCCAAAAGGUAGAUCCCUAGAUGUUGUUAAACAUCAAGUCCCAUGAUGCUUUGCGUGCCUUUAGAAUGUCUUUCAAAUUACAAAGCAUGAUGGAAGCUGUGGUUUUAAAACAUCUGGGGAUCUACCUUUUGGGCAGCCCUGCCUUACAGGUUUAACUUUUUUUUUAUUACUAAUACAACGAUUAUCUGGUAGGAUGUUAUCCCAAGUUCCCCUAUGAAUGAUCGUCCUCUGGUUAUAUAGUGUCUCUUUUCCUUUCUCCAUUGUAAUUAAUAUCUGAAUGAUCUUUACAAUUGUGUAUUUUCAGAUCCCCAGAUUGUGUGUCCGGACCUGCCAUGUCAGACAGGUAAUUAAAAAUACAGGGACAGGUGAGAAGUUGCCUCUCAGAGCUGACACUCUAUCGAGGUUCAGUGUUAGGGUACUGAAAUCUGAAAGAGGAGUACAUUGUGUUGAGUAUGCAUGUGUAUGAAUCGAUCACUGUUAAUCACUGCAAAACACGCCCCAUGAUGUCACCAUCUCAUGUACUGCUACAUAGAUCAUCACUCGCUAACCCCUUUCAAACGCGCAUGGUAUGCAUGGGAGGUAUAUGCAGCAGAAGACCUCUAUCUGCUGUAGUUCAACUGACUCAGAUAUCUGAACAGUUUUAUUUGUUAUAAUACCUUUUGUUUGGAAAACUUAAUUACUUUGAUUUUUAUUUUUAUUACACCCAUAACAGAUAACAUGAAUGCCUGUUUCUGCUUAAAAUUUGAUCAAAUGAUUUCCACAUUGUAGAAUUAACUGAUGCUUGAAAAAAGCAGAAUAAUGUAAUAAACAAAACUGUAGGACAUGGCAAUACAAAUAUAGAUGGUCGAAAGGACUGGCUUUGUGACAUACAGUACGUACUGCAGAGCCCAGAGAACAGGUGACGUAAUUAAUAUUGAAAAAAUAACAUUACGUUAGUUGGUGACAUCACAUUACAGCUAUCCUGCAUCAUAUGUGUUCUGGGAGACAUGCCUGGGCGUAUUGGGCUAGCAAAAUUGUUUAAGGGGUGAGGGAACCCUGACCCUAUCCUUCUGACACUCACUUGCAGGUGGGAGGGGACCCGAGGAGAUCAGCUUUCCUAUAAGCAUUACCCAGGUUGCUGAAUUCCUUGAGACCCGGAAAGCGAAUCCCGAGACUCAAAUGUACUCCCAGCUGGUUGCCACGAUGGUUUAUACGGCUGAGAAAGCUAAACUCUCAAUUGGGAAGGAGAGGCAGAAUUGGACCGAUCUGUUUAUCCAUUCUUUUAAAAUGAUUCACACAGACAUUACAGGGGAUCCAGAUGUGAAAAUAUGUUAACAAGCUGUCCCUAAUUUAGCCAAAACAGUCUAUGUCCUGGUUAUGUGAUCAAUGGGACAAACCUCUCAAACGUGCAAAAUUGCUGCUACAAAAUGAAGCCAUGAAUAACCACAUAUAUAGAAGAGAGACUAGAAGUUGGCAGGGCCACUAUAUUAAUAAAUAUAUAUAUUGCUCGAUUAUAUUGUAAUUUAUUGUAUAUCAGUAUUGAGUAUAGUGCCAUUUAUUAGCUGUGCUCAUAAGGUGCUUAUCUAGAAAAUAAUUUAUUUAAGCAAUGAAAAGGAUUAAUGCCUAUAUUACUCACAUUAUUAAGCUACAGUUUAAUCAAAGCAUCACGUGGUUUUGUUUGGGUAAUGUUAGGGUCUAAUUUUUUCCCUUCUCACCACAAUUUGCUGCCUGACCCCACUGUCAUUUCCUAAAUCUGAAAUGCUGAGGAAAAAAAAUCUGUCCACUCAGUUUUUUUAACCUCUCAUUUUCACAUAUUCCAAAAAAGAUUUUUUGCUUAAUUUUUUUAUAUUUUUUUUUAAUUACUGUCAUUCACCAAUAGACAGUAGGUUUGUAUUUGGGUGACAUUCAUACCCUGUAAUUAUAAAGUAUUACUGGAGGUGGCUGCAUUCUCUAUGGCUUUGUGAAGAUAAUUGUUCUUGAACUAUCGAAAUCAACUGAAUCGAGACAUUUUCUGAAACGAUUUUUCUUUUGGCGUAAUUUGUAGCAGCCAAUCAACCUUCCUUGUAUGGGGCACAAGCAUGAUCUUUCACUACCUAUAAUAGAUUCUGGCACAGCUGCUUUUCCUAUAGCUUCACUAGUUUUGCCUGUUCCUGUUUUUCUUCUCUUCCAUUUGCUCUUGAUUACUAUAAUUAUCAUGUGUGUGUUUGCAUUUAAAUGUGUGAUUGUGUUGGGUUAUAGAAUGUUAAUGUGUUAUAAAUCUCACUUGAGAUAUAGUCACUUGUAUACAAAAUAUCUAGGUCUAGUUAGCUUGUAAAUGAGCUGUAUACAUUGUAUGUAUACACCUCUCUCCUACAGAGCUUGCAGUUGCUCAGUGCACACAGCGUCCCGUGGACCUUGUCUUCAUCUUGGAUGCUUCAGAACGAAUUGGCAAGCAAAACUUCCAGCACUCAGCAGCUUUCGUGGAAGAGGUAGGCCGCCGAUUGUCACUUGCCCGCAGAAAUGAUGACCCAGCCAAUGCUCGUGUGGCCCUGUUGCAGUAUGGAGGAAAGGAUGAGCAAGAUGUAGUGUUUCCCCUGACCUUUAAUCUGACAGAGAUCUCAGAAGGGCUUGGGCGUCUCAAUUAUUAUGGCUCAUCUUCCAACAUUGGAGAUGCCAUAAUCUUCGCCAUCAACAAGGUUCUGAAGAGUGACACUCUCGGUGCCCGACGGUACGCUGAGCCAUCAUUUGUCUUCAUCACUGAUGGAGUGACUGGACGUCAAGGAUUAGAGGAAGCUGUUGGUUCCAUGAGAAAGAAUAAUGUUGUUUCUACCUUGGUAUCUGUGGGACCUGACCUUGACCAUGACGUUCUAAGACAACUCAGCAUGGGCGAGAGAGCAGCCAUCUUUGGAGAAGAUGACUACUCUAAGCUGAGCAAGAGUGCUUUUAUGGACAGAUUCAUACGCUGGGUGUGCUAGACAUGAUCGAGAAAGUGGGAAAGACAUAUACAUACAAAGGCGAUCAUAGACACAAACCUUAAUAUUUCAAUAAGUGAGAAUACUCCAGUUAGAAAAACUCUUACAAUACUGAGCAUGAGCUGAUUAAACAAGGGAUCUAAGGUGAUCUCUGAUAAGUAGGGCAAAUAAAAGAUUGGAGAGUCUUUUCUGAAUGGACACAUUUCUCCCUCCUUGAAAAACGUAAUGCAAAGGAUCAAGGACACACAGGCAGACAAAAAAAGAGGGGACUCCUUUGACUGACACUGACAUACAUAUAGAUUGUUACACACUUUUUUAUGCAUUAAGGUUGUAUCUUUUUUGAAGUUUGAAGAACUAAUACAUCUAACAUGAACAGUGAAUCUUGCAUACAAUUACAAACACACAGUCACACAUCAUAAGCACACACAAGUGUACAAACAAAUUUUGUGUUUUCGAAAUCUCUAUCUUUGUUGUUUUUAGUAAAAUUACUAAUGGAUAAAUCUUAGAGUGACUCAAGACAUUAGGACAUCUCUAAUAGUGUCACAUGGAUUGUGUCAAAUUCAUAGUGCUAAAUGCAGACAAUUUAUGAUUUCAUGAUUUCAUGCACCUAAAACCUGUGGCAGGCAAAAGAGAGGGCUAUGGAAGUUAGUGGAGAUGGGUAUGAUGGUACUUCGAAGAGAGGGAAUUAUAUACACCAAAAGUAGCGAACAACAGAGCUACCUGUGCAUUAGGCGACUUUCUGAAAAAUCUCAGAUCUGAUGUAAUGAAAAUAAAAAAGCCCUCCUGUCAUAUCCUGUUUCUUUCUUCAUGUAACUUAAUUUUCUUUAAUGAUUAAUGAUAUAUCAGUUCUUAAUUUUAAAAGAGAAUCACACAAUGAUGUAUGUUCUACUUCACAAAAGUAAUGCAUGAAUAAAUACUGGAUUUACAUAAAUGUACAAUAGAUAGGCAAAGAGACAGAAACAAAUAGUGGAUACCGACUCAUGGAGUCGAAAAGGCAUUGGUUGAGCCCAAUCUGAUAUAAUAAUAUCUACAUGGUUCUGGAAAGAAAAACAAGAUUUUGCAAAGUGAAAAUACAGGUAUAACACUAUUGGUUCACAAGGUAAGUCAUAUACAGAACCAUUAAAGAUGUACAAUCACAUCCCAGGGUUUUUAAUAUUGUGGUUACAUAUCCCCUAUGUGUAACAAAUAUGCAUGUGGGAGGUGUGAUAAUACAUUUAAAUGUAGAAAUUAGUGUGUUUACCCUGCAUCAUAUUGCCUUUAUCUUAGCUGGUGUUCCGCACACACAGAGCAGAUAUUAAACAUUUUUUUUUUUUAUUUCUCUUCCUGGGUUUCAAUAUGUGCCCUGUCUGUGUCUGGAAUAAACUGGAUUGUUGUUUAAUUUGCUAAAUCUUUAAAUUACAUAUAAAAUAAAUCACAAAGAGUAUCACAUGACAAAAAGUUAACACAAGCUAUAGGUUAUAAAACAAGACAAGACAAGGAACGGUUGCGCCAAAGAUUAAAAAAAAAAUUCUGUUGAAAAGAACAAUGAAGCACAUGUUUUGCCCUCCCCUCUAGUUUUCUCCCCCCCCCCUUAAGACGAUCAAAACAUAAUCACCACUAACCUUACAGACAAGUCCAAAUUUUAUCCCUAUAAUUUUAAAUCAGCACCUUUAGUCAUAUCCGAAAAAUCAGUUCUAAAAGACUUAUAUGACUCACAUAACCUAACUCAUGCAGAAAGGAUUGCACUAAAACAACUCCAAGAAGACAAUGACAUAGUCAUUAAACCAGCCAACAAAGGUGGAUGAAUUGUUAUUCAAUCUAGCACCUUACAUAUAGAGGAGGUCAACAGACAAUUAAACGAUCAAGAAAUAUACGAAAAGUUAACAUAAGACCCCACCCCCAAUAUACAAAAAACGUUAUCCCAAUUCUUAAAGAACAGAUUAGAUUCCGGAAUCCUAACUAAACAUGAAUUCAAUUACCUUAAUAUCAAAUUACCAAAAACCCCUGUCAUAUACGUCUUACCUAAAAUACAUAAAAAUUAAAAAAUACUCCCUGGAAGACCAAUUGUGUCUAGAAUUGGUUCCCUCUUAUGUAAUCUAUCUCAAUAUAUAGACACACUACUCCAACCCUCUGUGAAAAUUAUGAAAUCAUACCUCAAAGACACUAUGUCCCUACUAAACUUUAAACAAUUUUAUAUGGCAACCCAAUUUUAUUUUUGUAACUUGUGAUGUGCAGUCCCUUUAUACAAUUAUUUCCCACACAAUAGGAUGUCAGGCCAUUAAAGACAUCUUAACUACAGAAGGAAGAACAGCGAUGGGGACCAGGUUUGCUCCCAGUUAUGCCAACCUGUUUAUGGUGGACUGGGAAUCCUCAGCUAUCUGGGGAGGACACCAGUGGCAUUCAAACCUGAUCACCUAUUUUAGGUAUAUGGUGUAAAGGAUCCUUCUAUUCGUGCAGCGAUGAUCCUUGCAGCUUCUCCUGAAAUCCAGCUGAAACAAAGUGAUUAUAAUUCCCAAUCCCCCAAACAUGAGUUGAGACUUCAUGAAGGGGUAAAACGAUUUGAUUUACUGUGAGCUACCCGCCCGGAAUUUAUGCAGGUCUCCCACCUGGUGGACACUCCCCUAGGGGACCAGAUGGAAGACUGGGACAAAAGUAUCACAGUAGCCAAUCACAGUGGCUAUAGCAUAAGCACUCCCCUUUUACAUAAAUCACUCCCUCUUUUCCAUCCUGGAGAUAAUUAACUUAAGGUAGCAAAGAGAGCCUUAAUUAUCUCCAGGUAGAAAGAAACAUGGCUUUUAUUAUUUUAGCAAACCAGCAUAAAAAUCUAUAACUUUCCUUUUACAUAACAUAAACUUUAAGUCCCACAUAUCCCCAGAUAACUUGGAUCUGAGUGCAUAUUCUAGGCGAAUAGCGCUCAGAUCCCACGAACACAGUUCUCAGAAACGUCGACUGAAGUUUGACUUUCGCCAGCCGUUCGUGUGUUUGUAGCCAACUACAAGUUCCAUACUGUAGCCAUCUGGGGUCGGUCACUUUCGCAUACUUCCAGUGCACGAAUGAAGUAGGAUCUCCUUCAUUCGUGUGUUUUUCCACCGUACGAACUAGGUUUUGAAGAGGUAGCAGCGGUGUUCGACAAAAUAAGUAGCCGAAAUUAGUUCCAGGGAAUCCUCGCCAUUUACCGCUGAGCGUUCGACAAUACAAAAUGGUGAUUGCCACGUGUUCGGUAAACGAACGCAGACCACCAGCUAUUCCCCAAUUAGGCUGUGGUUAACCGCAACAGUCUGGGUGGUUAAUAGGCGCCACACGACCUCAGUGGGAGGUCGGUGGUUCGGUAGUUAAUUUGCUUUUCUCGCUAUUUUCACGAAAUCCCGCUGUAAUCAUCCAAAUAACCGAACGGGCUGGUUCGCAUGGUCUGUUUAAUAAGGGAUUUCGUUACAUAUAGAUUACAUUUUUUUUUUAUCUGGGAAGGCACAGAAGACAGUUUAAUUUCUUUCAUCAAUAAUCUUAACAAUAAUAGGGGUAUUAUUGUAACACAUGAAUAUAGCAGGGAAUCAAUCAACUUUUAUUAAGAACGGACAAAUACAAACUAAAACUUUUUUUUAAAAAGUCUGUGUCAACACAGCUAUGGAUAAAUCAAGCUGCACUACAAACCUUGGCUUGAAAGUGCCCCUGAAAGCCAAUUUUUAUGCCUCAGAAGUAACUGCUCUCAAUUAGAAGAUUUUAAUGAACAAGCAAAUAAGAUAAAAAAAAUAUAUUGAAAAAAACUACGCACCAGUCAAAUUAAAUUAUACGGUAGAUACAAGAUCUUUCCUUUCUUCUUUUGUUAUUGAAUAACAAAAAAAGAAAGGAAAGAUCUUCUAAUAUAUAAAGACAAAAGUACUAAAGAUUCACUAUCCCUCCCCAUCAUUUUUUAUUUUAAUAAAAGUGGACAUAUAAAAAAGGUAAUAAGAAAACAUUGGCAUUUAUUAAAACGCAACGAGACAUUAAAACAAAGCAGACCCGAACAACCGAAAAAAAACCCAUAAUAUUUAGACGGGUCCCUAAUUGCAAAUCCAUUUUAACUACUAAUUUUACCAAGGAAAUCAAACCCAAAACCAAAACAACACCCUCCUUUUUACCUGAAGCCAAAGGAUUUUACAGGUGUAAAAGAUGUAUAGUCUGUAAAAAUACUGACCCCUCUAUCCCAUCAAAAACUACACAAUUCACUUCUAAAAGAACAAAGAAAACCUAUAGAAUUAAAGACUUUAUUGGAUGUGACACAAAAAAUGUUUGAAUGCCCAUGCGGUCUCCAGUAUGUGGGAAUGACUAUGCAAAACCUAAAAAUAAGACUUCAUGAACACUGCAGGAAUAUUGAAAAAGGAUCUCAACCAUUCAGUAUCGAAACACUUAAUUUUACAUAACAAUGAUCCAAAAUUACUUUUAUUGGUAUCCAAAAAUUUACUGUUCCUUGGAGAGGGGGUAAUGUUAAAAAUAUCCUAGGUAAAAGUGAAAUGGAAUGGGUAUUCAAUCUACAGACACUCACACCCCAUGGCCUCAACGCAGAAUUGUAUUUAUUUAUUUUUAUAUAAUGUCAUUAUGCCUUUUACUGUAUACCCUCCCUCCCUUUUCUGUUUUAUUUCCAUUUUAUUUUUAGUAUUUCCCACCGUUUUAAUAUAUACAUUAUUGCAACAUUUUUCUGAAUAUUAUGUAUCCAUGAGGAAGCCGACAUGAUGAAACUCGGGAUCACCCACAGGAUCUACUUCUGGACAAUUGUUCUUCUAUUUGUUAUUUUAUAGAUUGUAGUGUUUUAAUCUAAAU